AUGGUGGUCAUGCCGGUGGUGGCGGUGGUGGUAGUGGCGGUGGCGCGGUCGGGCAAGAGCCAGUCGGGGAACGAGAGCCCGCGGUCGCGGAGGCGCAAUCGAGGCAAUCGCUCGUCGAGGUCAAGGUCGAGGGCCUCGACGACCGGUUCGGGCGCGGAUGGGGAGUUUGCGCCGCCGGCCAAGCGAAUCAGAGGCCUUGGUCGUGGCGGGAGCAGGGAUGGGCCAGCGUCGGCCCGGCCUGCAGCGUCGACCUCGCCGUUUGUUCUCGCUGACGAUCCGACGGUGGCGGCCCGCGAGGCAGCCAAGGCGUCACUGCUCUCGCGGCCAUCGCGGCCGUCUUCGCCGGUCCCACCGUCGCCUCCGGCCAUCGCUUCGCCGGUCGGGCGGCCCGGGCGGCCGGAGCUGACUGUCGGGCCUUACCGGCGCUCGGCCCGCGACUCCGAGUGGGACACACCGCGCGCAAGCCCGCGCUCGGGCUCAUCCGGCUUUUCCUGGGCCAACAAGCCCGUCGACGACUUGACUGUCGACGAACGCAUGAUGAAGGAGGCGCUGGAGAGCUCGAUCAUUGCGCAGGAGGCGCGAGCUCGCGAGCGCGAGCGGCUCGACACCGAAGACGAGUUUGUCCGUCCGCCGGCUCCGCAGCAUCCGACAAGCCUCGUCAUGGAGCGCCAAGCCGGCGAGAGCGAGGACAAGGGUCUUCCCAUGAUCAACACUGACGAUUCGACCGCAUCGCUCCUGGCGCACAUCAACAAGUCCGGCUCGAUGCUCUCGCGGUCGGCAUCGAUCUCGCGGCUAUCGCAGUGGAUUGUCGAGGAUGCUGUCGAGGACUCACAGUCGACGCAGGCAGCGGGCAGCAACGAGAUAGCAGCUUCCGCACAGCCGGCGGCGCCGCCGUCGCUGUCGCCACCGCCGCCGUCCCCGCCACCGCAGGCCGCAGUCUCGGCUGCGCUGCUGGGCGGGCGGCCGACGCUGAGCCAGGAGCUCACGAUGCGGCUGGAUCGGCCGUCGCCACUGUCAUCGAUCUCGUCGUCGUCGGGCACUGCUGCUGCCAACGGUGGGGCAAGCUCUGCGCCGCCGCUGCCGGCCCGCGACGCGGCUGAGUGGGCAAGCCUUGUCCGUAAGAUGCAGGCCCGCAACACAGCGCUACAAGAGAAGCUAGCGGCCGAGGUCGACUUGUUCGUGCGCUGA